AACGGGUUGCCGGGAAGGCGGAAGUGCGGGGUCUUCCGGUCGGCGUGAGCAGCGUGCGGUGUUUGAGUUUCUGGGUUUUCUCAGCAUUCCAGCUAAAAUAUGGCUAAAAGUUUACGGAGUAAGUGGAAAAGGAAGAUGCGUGCUGAAAAGAGAAAAAAGAAUGCCCCAAAGGAGCUCAGCAGACUUAAAAGUAUUCUUAAAGUAGAUGGUGAUGUUUUAAUGAAAGACGUUCAAGAGAUAACAACUGUGGUAGAACCCAAACAUUGUCAAGAGAAAACACAAUGUGUGGUGAAAGAUGAAACAGAUGACAUGAAAAUGGAGACUGAUAUUAAGAGAAACAAAAAGACUCUUCUAGACCAGCAUGGGCAGUACCCCGUAUGGAUGAACCAGAGGCAAAGAAAAAGGCUGAAAGCAAAGCGAGAGAAAAAGAAAGGAAAAAGCAAAGCAAAAGCCAUCAAGGCAGCGAAGGGUUUGGCUUGGUAGACCCUUAAAAACUUGAAAAAUGCCACAUGGAACAGGUCUUUGAUUAGAAUGUAUACAUUGAUUUCAGCUUCCACCAAAUGGAAACUUUGUUUCCAGUUUUUAACUUGGCCUUUUUCUUCAAUUCAAGCCCAACUGUAACCCCUCAAAUUUGUCUUGGUAACUUGAAUAAAAUAUUUUCUUUGAUGAAUGAAAGCUACGCUGAUAUUUUAAUUGAAUGCUAUCCAAUAUGCAGGGAUUAUCAGACAUCAGAAUUCUCUCGAGUAUUAAUGUGGUUGUAAUCAUUCAGUCUUAGGAAAGAUGAAACAUAAUAUUAUACUGACAAAUUUGAGCUAACUCAAAUUUAAAGUAAAUUAUAUAUCAUGUGAAAAUAUGUCAGUGGAUCGUAUAAGCAGUACUUGUUUGGAGUUGUGAUUUUGUAUAAUUCAGAAUAAAAGAUACUCUGUCUAGAUCUUGAA